AUGGCCGCCACCAACGCCAAUCAAGCCGGUGCUGUCGGCCCGGAGCCUUUCAUGAAGAUCGCCGAGCCCGUGCCGGCGAUCCCCAUCGAGGGCCUCACCGACGACCCCAAGCUGUGGGUGUGCUUCUACCAGGGCACCUGGGUGCUGGCGACCAUCGUGCCCGGGAUCAUCUCCAUCCAGCGGAGCUUCGCCCCGCGGCGCGGCGACGUCGUCCUCGCGAGCCCUCCCAAGUCCGGCACCACGUGGCUCAAGGCCCUGGCGUUCGCCACCAUGGCGCGCGGUGCGUACCCGCCGGCCGACGCCGGGCACCCGCUGCUCUGCCUCAACCCGCACCAGUGCGUCCCGUACAUGGAGAGGCUGUUCACCGCCGGCGAGGAGGGCGUCAUGGAGACGCUGCCGUCGCCGAGGCUCAUGUCAACGCACAUGCACCACUCCAUCCUCCCCACCUCCAUCACCAAGAACCCUGACUGCAAAAUCAUCUACAUAUGCAGGAAUCCGAAGGACACGCUUGUUUCGUUCUGGCACUUCGUCAGAAAAGUGAAUCCCAACGUCUCCUUCUCCGACAUGUUCGAGGCUGCCUGCAACGGCACGUCCGUGAGCGGGGCGAUCUGGGACCAUGUCCUAGGGUACUGGAAUGCGAGCAAGGCGAGCCCGGAGACGGUGCUGUUCCUGAGGUACGAGGACAUGCUGCGCGACCCCGCCGGCAACGCCAGGAGGCUGGCGCGGUUCGUCGGGCAGCCGUUCUCGCUGGCGGAGGAGGAGGCGGGGGUCGUCGCGCAGAUCGUGAGGCUCUGCAGCAUCGAGAAGCUGAAAAACCUGGAGGUGAACAGCGGGGGCUCGUACGGGUCCCCCUUCGCGAACGACUGGUACUUCAGGAGGGGAGGGACAGGGGACUGGGCGAACCACAUGACGCCGGACAUGGCAAGGCGUCUGGACGCCAUUGUUGCGGAGAAGCUCAGUGGAUCAGGCCUCUCGUUCGCGUGAUUGAUCGAAGCAUUUGGUACUGUGAUGAAUAAAAAUUCGCCGGAAGCCGAGGCAUGCGUGUUUUUUUCUCUCAUGAGCUACCUACAAGUUGUCUUGGACGCAAAGAUGACACGUCGUUCAGGUUAUUUUGUUGUUCUCUCUAUUAGCAUACACAGUUGUGUGAUGCUCACAGCCUAUGAUUGCAACCAUGUAAUAAGGAUGGUCUGAGAUGGUUGAUGCUCCCUAGGACUGAAGCCAAAAUUCACUUCCUAAGGACCUUCACUGUACGUUUUCUUACGUAAUGGAAACUUUUAUUGAUACCAA